AUGAGUUCGGUGACAGAUGAACAUAAAGUAGAUAAUACGUCUACUUAUGAAGUCCUAGAUGAACACUCAUCGAAUAAAAAUCAUAUAAAAAUAAUAAAUAAUUCUGAAAAUACAAUGAAACCUUAUUCAAAUAAUAAUAUUAAUGAUUUAAUUGAUCAUCUUAUGUGUUUAAUUAAUGAACGUCUUGAUAAUGCUCAACAAUGUAAAAAUAUGUUUUAUAAAAAUUCAAUGCAACUUGCUUUUUAUCAAGUUCUCUCUGAAAUAAAAGAUAAAAUAGCACUUAAUACUCAACAAAUAUCAAAUAUUGAUGAUCAAACAUCUGAACAAUUAAUACGUGUUGAUAAUAUGCUUAUUGCUGAAGGAAUAUUUGAACGAUGUUCAUCAACAAAUUUAUCUUUAACAAAAAAAUUUGAUCAUAAUUAUACAUUUGAUUAUUCAGAUUAUCGAACAAAAUUGGAUCAAAUGCGACAAAUUUAUUAUGUAGAAUUAGAAAAAUAUGAAAAUCAUUGUAAUGAUUUUUGUUCACAUGUUAGAACACUUUUACGUGAACAAUCACAAAUACGACCAAUAAGUGAACAUGAAAUUGAACAUAUGAUAAAAAUAAUAAGAAAAAAAUUUUCAACUAUACAAUUACAACUUAAACAAAGUACAUGUGAAGCUGUUAUGGUUUUACGUUCGAAAUCACUUGAUGCAAGAAGAAAACGACGAAAUUUUAGUAAAUUAGCUACUGAAGUAUUGAAUGCAUAUUUUUAUUCACAUUUAUCAAAUCCGUAUCCAUCCGACGAAGCAAAAGAAGAAUUAGCACGUCAAUGUGGAAUAUCAGUAGCACAAGUUUGUAAUUGGUUUGGCAAUAAACGUAUUCGAUAUAAAAAAAAUAUGCAUAAAACUCAAGAAGAAGCAAACAUCUAUGCAGCUAAAAUAGCUUUACAAGCUGUUCGUCAUAAUCGUGAUAGUUUAUCAAAUGAUUAUUAA